ACAGGCGGACUCUGUGCAUGCGUGCUGCUGGAGUCAGUCAGUGACGUUCUUGUCCCAGAAUGCUGCCUGGUAAACAGACAUGGAAGCACCUGGUGAAGACCUCCACAGUCACUGAGCACUGCACUCGCUCUUUGAACUGAUCUUCAUUGUCGAUACACACUAAAGCCUGCGCCUUUGUUCUCCCUGGAGCUCCACCGGGACUCCCGAAGUCCAGGGCACUGAUUCCCUCACCAGCUUGCGUGGCAGUCUGGAAUCACCAAAGCUGAUGAGGAUCAACUGACUUGACCAGUUUUGUUCCCAUUUUUACUUUUGACAAGCGGAAAGAAUGUCGGAAAGGGCCGAUGAUGACGUCAGGGGGGAGCAGCAGCAGCAGCAGCGCAGAGCGGCCAGGCAGCUGAAGCAGCAGCCACACUUCCAGCGGGGAGAAGCCUCCACAGCAAUGGCGACUGUUGCGGAGCGCAGAUCCCUGCCUAGUCCCGAAAUAAUGCUGGGACAGCCUUGGAGCAGCUGGGUCGACGCUGUGAAACUCUACGGGAGCGACGGUACAGAAUUGGAAGAAAGUUUGAAAGAGUGCGGGAAAAAUCGCGAAGCCAUGAGACUCUGCAGAGACGACAUGCCCAUCUUCGGCCAGUGUCCUGCACAGGAUGACUUCUACCUGGUCAUGUGCAGCCAUUGCAGUCAGGUAGUGAAACCCCAGGCCUUCCAAGCACAUUACGAGAGAAGACACAGCUCCAGCAGCAAGCCCCCAUCCAGCUAUGCCAGCUCCCCUGCGUUCGCAAACUCUCGAAGUAAGGGCAGUCUUGGGGGCAGUGGAAGCACACUGGCUCGCCCCUCCAGCGCAAACAGCAGUGUCCCCACGAAAAUCUUUAAAUCUACCAAAGAGAAGCUGCCUCACCGGAAGCCUCACUUCCCUUUUAGGGUGCCGUCAGAGGAGAGCCAAAUCCCUACAGUUAAAGUAGAGAAGGUCCAUCUGAAGGUGGAAUCUUCAGCCAAACUCCCCCACGUGCCCGCCUCUUCUUCCACUUUCUCUUCCUCUUCCUCCUCCUCCAAUACUGUGAGCACCUCUCCCCUGAAGUCAGGCCUUAACUUCCCUUCCAUACCAAAGGCUCCACAGCUAGCCCCUGGUCAGAUCCCCAAUGGAAAAGGCCACCAAUCGUCCCAAGACAAGAAACAGGACAAUGCCAGUAGCAGAAGACCCUUGUACAAGAGACAAGAGCGAGAGUUUAAUCCUGAUAUCCAUUGUGGGGUUAUGGAUAUGACAGCACGUAAGCCAUGCACAAGAUCCUUAACAUGCAAGUCACAUUCCAUAAGCCAGAGGAGGGCGGUGCUUGGGCGACGGCAACGCUUCGACACGCUGCUCGCUGAGCACAAGAGCAAAACACGUGACAAGGAGCUGCAGUUCAGGUUGGACCCCUCACACCCAGCACCCCCUCUCAGGGACCCUCACCCUCCCCCCUCCCGCCUCUCACAGGACCCUCACCCGGUCCCCCAUGGCAAUGGCACUGCCGAUGCCACCAAGCCUUUGCCCCCGAACAAACCCAAACCUCACAAUUCUGGGCUUCCGCGAAUCAACAGCAGUAACUCUCACAGUGGAGGAGACCCAGCCAUGGCCCACGACCAGGCCCACCACUCUCACCCAGCCCCUGUCGGUCCCGAGACAAGCCGCGUGUCCAGCGACGAGGGGGAGAACGAGGACAGAGAGGAGGCCACAGAGAAACUGGACUGCCAUUAUUCAGGUUACCACCCACGACCAGCUGCUUACUGCACUUUUGGAAGUCGAUUGUACGGUAGAGGUUGUUUUGCAUUCGACCGGCGCUGGGAUCAAGUACGGUGUGCUCUGACAACCAUGUUGGACAAGCAUGUCAACUCCCAAAUGUGGAAGAAAAUCCCACUGGCUUUGGAAAACUCUACAACUGCACCAUCAGCCUCUCACCGGACAAGCACAAACUCCCAUUCUUCCUCGUCCUCCUCCGUAUCCUCAGGCUUCCUCGGCCUGUCCUCACCGCCGCCUUAUGACAGUAAGCCAGUUCUGUCGUACGGCACCACCCUGAACGCUCGCUCCUCUCCGCAAGCCUCUGCCACCGAGCAACCUGCUUACAGUGGCUCUUCUAGACAAGUGUCAGCCUCAUCACCCCAGAUGCCUUCAGCCCACUCGUCCUCGCUACCCUCGUUGGGCUCCAACCGAACCCCUAAAUCCCGAUCUGGUACAAAAUCCUUCAGGGCUCGGGAGCCUUCCUCUAGCCUAAGCAACUCUAUCAUCAAGGGCAGUACUAAUAGCAGUGUUAGCGUCAGUAGUAGUGCGAGCAGUAGCCUUAGUGCGGGCAAGAAACGGAAAACCAGUUCCCUGCUAACGUCCCAUAGCACUUACACCUCAGAAUCUUCCUCAUCAUUUAAGAAGAACUGUACGAUAAACUCUGGUAGCGUGGGCAGCGCCUACCAUUCCUCGCUCGCAUCAACUCCUUCUUCAACUUCAUCAUCAUCAUCGACAACGUCAUCAUCCCAUAGUGGGGUGUACAGUGUAGGGGUAAAUUGUACCCCAGGCAGGGCCAACUCUCUGAGCUUGAAGCAGGAGUCGACAGGACGAGGCCCUCCUUCAGGAAGCCCGGCUGAAUCUAUUAAACGCAUGAGUGUGGUGAUGAACAGCAGUGACUCCACGCUCUCGCUCGGACCGUUUGUUCAUCAGAGCAGUGAUCAUCAUACUGAUGCACGUCUGGAAGCCAAAAGGAGGAAGGGCUCGCCCGGAUCAAGUAGCCUCAACAGCACAGCGUCUGGAACAGGAGUGGGAGGUGGACAAGGUCCUGGCAGGCCCAAAAUGGCCAAAUCUCCAUCAAUCAACAACAUUCACAGCAAACACGCUCGCUCUAUACCUGGACCUCCAGGGCUGCCCAAUAAUUCACUCAUACAUCAGCCAAAGGCUCGUCCCUGACACAGGUGUGGAGGCUCUGAGCAGUAGGCUGGACCCAGAGCUCCCUCAGCCCCCUCACGCCACUCUGCACGAGGCCUUGUUUUUUCUCUUACUCUUCCCACAAUCCUCAGGGUGGAACGACACUGGGUGGCCCAUUGAUGUCCUUCAUGGGGAUCUCCUCCCAAAGCCAUGCAGGGGAUAAUAAGCCAGAGCGACACAGUUCUCCUGUCGGAGGUCAAAAUGAAUCUAUACAAUGCACCACUGGGUACAACGCCUGCUGCGCCGAGCAUGAGCUGCCCGAGCACUCGUGAUGGCUGGGCUCUGAAGGUACAGAUUUGGGCUGGUACGUAGCCUCACCAACACUACCAUGCAUAGGACGGAUGGUGCGAUGAGCUUCUUUGGGAAGCUUGGACAAACAAGAAUACUGGAAACUGAAAUCCUACACAGCCUUGGAGGAAGUGUACAGGAGAGGAACAUCCCUACAGUAGACACACAAUCAACUAAAAUCAUGACACACGAGCCCUCGCUGGAAGGCUCCGUUCAAUCCAUUGAGCAGAUACACGUGACUGGAGUGGAGUUUCAACACGAGCAAACCUACGAUUAUGCAAACCUUGAUUUUCUUUGUUUGUUUACAGGCUAGGAAAUGUAUAGCAAACAGAUCAAAAUACCAUUAAUCGUACAACUUUUGUUUUUCAUUACUUUUGGAAAGUAUACGUCUAACUUUAGAUUAGAUUCUGGGUUUAUUGCAAGGGAAUUUUUAAGGAUUUCAGGCUACUUCAGAGAUGCUAACGGAGAGAGUUUGAUUUUUAUUGCAGUUUUUACAUAGAAAUCCAAUUGUAAUUGAACUCCAACGUCCUGCAUUAGCUAAAGCACUUGCUUUUUAUUUAUUUUCAUGACGUUCAUUUGGAAUUAUUUCAUCGAUGUCAGUAGCCUAGCAUGUCUUUACUGAAUAUCUAAGCAACAGUCAUCUCUAAGCUCUUAAAACACACUCUAGAAAACACUGUCAUUUUCUUAAGGUGUGUUCACACUUAUAAGUUUGGUUCUCUAGAUUUAUUUACCAAAAAAAAAAAAAAAAAAGAAAGAAACCGAUGCAUUUAGUUUUGUUUUACUCUCUAUAUACACAACCGAAACUAAAGAUGCAAAACCAAAACUCGUAGCAAACAGUGCUGUGUUCUGGCCUACACAUACAUUUCUGUUUAUUAAUUGUGGUUUUAAUCAGUUAAGAGUUUAUAAUAUCUGUAAUGGUGAGCCAGGAAUUACUUAACCACGUCUGUAUUGAAUUAUAAUUGGCAACAUUGUGAUUGUCAAUUAAAAAAAAACAGGAAAAACAGGAAAAACAUCACAUUUUGUGACAUAAAGUGAUGUUUUUUGGUUUGUUUAGAAGUCUAUGGUCUAUUUUAUGUAAAUAUUUCACUCAAAGCGCAUCAGAGUUUUUUGGAAGUGGACAGAGACCUCUUAUCAGUCUUCUUUUUUUAAGUGCGCACCAAAGUUUGGAAGGCAGCAUUUACACUUCAUUCGAAUACACAAACCGCUUUAACCUGAACCACACCUGAACCAAACCUCCCAAGUGUGAACACCCCUAAAGGUGCACUAAGGAAUAUUUGUGAAACACUUUUGACCAGUGUCAGACCAAGCUCAUUAACAUGCAGCCAAUCUGCAGUAAGGGGGUGUGUCUUAUGAUAGCAGAGAUGGCGCUGUUGAGUUAUAGGCACGUUCUUAUUGGUGCUUUCAAAUCAAACUUGGCUUAGUGUAUCUUUAACUCUGAGUACAGUAAGGGCUUGAUUCAGUAACGUUUUCAGCACGUGCAAACCUAACUCCUGCUGGAUAAAUGGAGAACGUGACGCAACCCAUCUUAGCACUAAAGAUAAGCAUGUGCUGAAAUCUAAAGAUACUAGAAACUGAAGUUGUUGCUGGAAAAAUGAUUGUAGGCGAGUUUCCUGGUGACCUUUGUGCCGUUUCAGACUCAGAAAGGGGCUUGUGGCUGGUUGACGUUGAGCCAUAGAGCAGCAUUACAGACACACUAUCAUCUCAGCAACGGAGUAGACGUCAUGACUCUUAAUACUGUGAGACAGUAGUCUGGCCAUCAGCAUCUCAUGUAAUGACCACUACCUUUACACUGCGACCCAACCUUCCUGCAUUGAUUUACGACCCGGAAGAGGUUAGUAGCUGGAUUUAAAUCUCAUUUUCAUUGUGGGUCUUUCUGUCGAUUUCAAAAGGCAAUAGAUCCUUUUUCUUUUUGGAGACAGUAAGUUCUCUUUCAAACUCCUGUAAAUUCCUGAACUCCACUGAUGUCAGUCAGCAAUCGAGCUGAGUAGAGCAUGAGUUUUUCUUUAGGUUCUCCAAUUGUGUAUUGUUUUUCUUCCUUUGGCUUUUUUCGUACACGAAACCGAAUACUAAUAUUGAAGUAUCCCUAUUUCAGAAUACAUAUUUUGUUAAAGAAUUGUACAUAUGGAGAUGUAUUUUUGCACAGGCAUUUUCGUAAAGGAUUUUUGGUACAAUUGAGAUCAUUAUUAUUUAUUUAGUAAAUUGAAAACAUUCUAAGACUAUUAGAAGUGGUUCACUGCCAAGCCGAUAAUGCAAUACGCCACUCUUAUCCAAACACAGCUUCUUGUUAAGUCACAUGCUGAGUUUCCCCUGAAAAGAUUGUAGCCACAGUAGUGGGAAAUCAUAUUUUUUAAAUGUUAACAUAUAUUUUAUUUGUCCCUCCAUGUCAAAUCAAGAGGUCAGAGAAUGUGAUCAAAAUGGCCCGUUCAACUGUGCAAAAGAUUUCUGGCUGGAUGAUGUACCUUGCCAGACUUUUUUUUAAAGUGGGAGAGGGGUCUGUGUAUUUUAUGGUCAUUGGAUUUUCAUUUUAGAAACAGAUAUUGAAAAACGAAUCGUUCUUUGAGUUGUGUUUUAAAUUCAAAAGCAAAUAUUGAAAUAUGAGCCGUUUUUCAUUUCAUUGUGAUGAAAACUAAAGCAAAAUUCAAAAAUGAUUUGUUUUUCUUUUUUUUUCGAAAAAAAAAAAAAUCCCCAGUAAACAUAAUCGAAUAAAGGCUUGUUUUUAAUAUUCUAAAACCAGCCGACUCAUUAACGGUGAUGCAAUGCUGCCACACACAGGCUAGCCUACUAUAGGCUAUUAUUUUUUUCCACCUAUUAAUGUUAUAAAAGGUAUUUUGUUGUGAUAACAGGAUUUUAAGAGAUAUUUUCCUCAUUAAAGCUGAUUAUAUAUAUAUUAUUGUAUAAAAUAAAGUUAAAAUCACUUCCGCUACAGAAGUGAGAGUAACAUUGGACAUUCGUAUGGAAUCAUUGGACACAUUUCGACAAGUCAUCUUUCGGCGUUAUAGUUCGAAAUCAAAGUAAACAUAAUUCAUUUAAUCUGAAAGGCGUUCAGCAUGUUUCAAAAACACCAUUAUAAGAGUCCCAAUGCAUGACAACAAUACAAAAACUUUGCUACAGUUGAUAAUGAGCUUUAAGACCGCCGUUGUGUGCAUCUUUACACAAAGUACAGCCUAUACUAUUGCCUAAUAUAAUCUAUAAAGUAAUCUUUAUAGGCCUAUUUUUACACUAAUAUACAACAUGAAUUGGAAAUGAAAUAAUUUAAAAGUAGCCUACUAAAUAAGGUAUAUAAAUAUAAAUAGACUGAAAGAACAAAAUAGACUGUUAGAACAGCUGGCUUAGAAUAGCUUUUAUUCAUGAAUAAACAAAGCCUGUUCAUAAAUUGUGUUUAUUUUAUGAAUUAUUGUAUAGUUUUUAAUGUUUUAACUCUCUGGAUGAUGGCCCAUUGUUUAGGCUGCUGCUAUAUUUGCAUAUGGAAUUAUAGAUAUACCCACUGUACCUGGGUGAUAACACACACACACACACAACUCAUACGCAAGCUAUAAUGAUAGGACAUGGGAUGCUUAUCAGGGUGUUUGUAUGCUUGUUUUUGGAUAAAAUGAAUUGUUAAUUUCUAUUUCAAAAUACUAUGACUUGUGCGUACUUGUGAAAUGUGCGUAACGAACUGUAUUGCCUCCCUCACUUGAAAUGAUUUGUGGUCAAACUCCGAGAAGUGGAAGUAUUAUGGUUUUAACAAUAUUAAAACCUUCUUUUCAGAAGUGUUCAGUAAAGCAUCGUCAUGCUUUCAUGUAAUGUCAAAAUAAAAGGUUGUUCCAUUUAAAACAUGCUAACAAAAAAAACUAAGAAAGUCUGUAACUGGCCCUUAUACGAGAAAUGUCUUAAUGAGAAAAAUAUGUCUAAUAAUCUUGUUAUCACAAGAAAAUGCCUUUAAUAACAUUAAUAGGUGGGGAAAAAAAAUGAAUAGCCAGGCUAGCCUGUGCGUGGCAGCAUUUCGUCACCGUAAAUGAGUCGGCCUGUCUCGUUUCAGAAUAAACAAACAAGCCUUUUUUCAUAUUUGUUUUCUGGUGAUUUUAUUUUUUUGUUACUCAAAAUAUAAAAUGAAAAUCAAAUCAGUUUAAAUAAAUUUUUUUUCACCAUCAAAAAGAAAAACGGCUCAUUUUAAAAUUCGUUUUUGUAUUUAAAACUAAACUCAAACGGCUCAUUUUUCAAAAUCUGUUUCUAAAAUCAAAAUCCAAUGAUCAAAAGAUACAUGGGCCGAGAGGGAACAAAAACAGUUGUACAGCGCAGAUCGUGCACCAAUGUUGCCAAAUGUUGUAAUUGAAUUCACUGCGUUUUAAUCCAUUAGCUUAUAUCUAACGCUGACAACAAAACAAAAAAAAGAGAAAGUGCCUGAAUUAGUUUCUCAUCGACUGUUGUUAAGGCAGAGCUUUGUAUUAUUUGAUGUUUCUUUUUUCACAGUACUUGAAUGUUCUAUAGGGGUUUAGAAACCUGCCUAGGAAUCUCAUACGUCGCCCUUUUCCCCUUCAAGUAGAGUGGUAACUCUUGGAUGAGAUGCAUGGAGUAACACUUACUUGAUGGCGUGAGAAAAGCUUCCUGUCUGUCCCUUGUAAUUUUUUAUGACUACUUUUUAUAGCGAGAGAGGGAUAGACUUCUUUUUUUGUGUGUGUGGCUAAGUCGAUGAUUUCAACCAGAUUAAUGUACUGUUUACCUUGAAAUUGUAACUCCACUGUUUUCAGACGCUGAAAGCUUUGUGAAGAUGUUUGAUUAAACACCACAGAUUUGGAAUGUGAAUCGAAGAUGAAAAAACUAAACAGUUUGCUUUUUGGGGAAGAAGCCUCUACAUAUAAACAUGUACAAGUGUGUAUAUUUUGAUUUCUUUUUUUUUUUGUCUUUUUUUUGUAUACAUAUUCAAAAAUCAUUUGAUCAGCUGGACUUUUGUGUGUUGGCUGCUAUGUAAUUCAUGAACAAACACAGUAGGGUAGAUUUACUUAAUAUUUAAAGAAAAGAUUGUAUAGUAUAUUUGUUUUGUAACAAGUUUCUGUAAAUAUAUAAAAAAAAUAAUUUAUACAGUUAUUUAUAAGAAA